AUGAUGAUUGUUGGUAAAUAUUUUAAAACAAAAAAAGAUUAUAUUAAUUUAAUAAUGACAAAUUCAAGAUUUAAAAGAAUUAAUGAAAUGUAUUUAUUUAAUCCUAUUUCUAUUUCAUCUCUUAAUCUUUUUCCAUCCAUUAAAACAUUAUUUCUUUAUAACCAAAAUGAUAUUAAUGAAUAUUUAAUGAAUCAAGUAAAAAAUAUUGUUAUUUCUUUUAAAAUAAGUUAUUCACAAUAUCUUUAUUAUAAACGUUUUUAUUCAUCAAUUUCUUUUAAAAAUAUAAGUUAUUCUGAAGAAGAUUGUUUUAAGUUUGGUAAAUUAUUAAAAGAAUCGUGUCAUUCAUUAGAAAAUGAUAGUCUUGAAUAUUAUAAUUCACAAACAAUAUCUUUUGGUUCUACUCUAAGAAAUAUUGGUUCUAAUUCACUUUCUAAAUGUCCUUAUUUAAAGGAACUAAACCUUCCAAGUACUAUUCUUACACUUAAUACAUAUUGUUUCUCAUAUAAUUAUCAAUUAACUUCAGUUACAAUAUCUGCACUUAUCAAAGAACUUCCUUCAUAUUGUUUUUUUAAAUGUACUUCACUUCAACAAAUAUUCUUCUAUCCAAAGUCAAAAUCUUUUGCAAUUACUCAAUUUAACAAUUCUUGUUUUGAACAAUGUAUUAAUUUAAGUAUAUUAGAAAUACCUUCUACUAUUACAAAAAUAGGUUCUUGUUGUUUUUUCAAUUGUUAUUCAUUGACUAAAUUAAAAAUACCUAAAGGUAUUGAAAGAAACUGUUCAUCAUUUAUCAAUACUAAUUGUAUUUUUAAAUAUUACUGA